AUGACUGACUCGCCAGCACAGUCAGGUACAAAGCGGAAGCGACUCUCCUAUGCGUGUAAUGACUGCCGGGAGAAAAAGACUCGGCGCGAUGAGGAGCAGCCAUGCCGGAAUUGUCGUCUCGCUGGAGUCCAAUGUGUGACCACCGACAAAAGACGUGAUAACGCACCAGUUUCUCAUCGGCGGCGUCACAACUCGGCUUUAGCAAGAGCUGAAAUCGCGGAAUGGUUGGACACCAGAGUGCACAGCUCCAAGCGGGGGCAUCUCCGCUUGGCCGCGCCACGCCCAGGACACCAGAGUCCAGUCUGUCCUCUAUUGCUCCUGCUCCUCAGGACCAACUCAGACUUUGGAGCCAAUGCUGGGGCAAAGAGGGGAUGGAGAACGGGUCGCCUUCCCAUGAUGCCGUGCUUCGUCGGAUCCAGCACAGUGGAGUUGCUAGGUGAAUGGCUUAACAUGGCUCUUUAUCGUCUGAACAUCCCAAAGUCACAUAUGGCUCCUCCUAUUAUCAAUGGUGAUUUUGCGUCUUUGAUUCUUGAACGUUCGCCUGAUCUUCCACCACCACCAGAGAGACGCCGAGCCAUCGACACCUUUCGGAAAACUCUCUACCAACUCUUCCCGUUUCUAAGUCAUGAUGAUGGUGACAUUAUCUCAAAAGAAGGUUUCACGGCUCAGAACUUACUACUGCGUAAAGCCUCAGAUGCGCCCGGCAAUGGAUUGACAUAUUUGAUCAUCACCGCGGGCCUCUUAGCCACACCAUCCUCUGAAGAGACCAGAACACUUGUUUCAUCUUACCUGAGUUGUUGUAACUCCCUACUUGGAUACACGCUGGCUACGCGCUCAUUGAAGUCAGUGCAGUUCGUACUCUUGUUUUCAAUCGUUCUACAGAGCUGCGACAAGCUCGCAUGGGCAUGGGAUGUCCUCUCCAUGGGCGUGUCUCUUGCCCAGUCGAUCGGAAUAUAUCGAUCUUCGGCCAGUGCGAUUGGUGAUCAAUCAAACAGAUCUACCUCGGAGGGGAAUACAUGGUGA